AUGUUUAUUUCUAACUAUCUUAGGCUCAAAUAAAGAAAGCAAACUCAUAUAGAUUGGGUAAAAAUAUGCUAACAAAGGUAUGAUUAAUUAUUUUGGAUCUAAUAAGAAAGCAAGGGUGAUAGAUCCAGUCACUUCAACCACAAAAAAUACUAAUCUUUUUUAAUUUUAUCUGUAUUCCAUGUAGAAAAAAAACCUAGUAUGCUAUUUAAUUUAAAGUAAAGGUAUUUCUCCUAAGUUAAAUAAGCAUAGAAUGUAAGCUAAAGACUUACUCUCAAGCUCAAUUUUCUUCUAGAUGUAUAAAAAGUUCAAAAAAUUUUAAAUCAUGAUAAAUUGAAAUUAUAAAUAUUUAUGAAUAUCCAUUACUUACCUUUGUUGUAAGGUGAAAACAACAGAUCCCAUUCGAACUCCGAAGUUAAGCACCUUAAGACUGGGUUAGUACUUAGGUAGGGGACCGCUUGGGAAGUCCCAAUGCUGAUAACCAUUUUUUUUAAAAUUGAAAAUAGCUCAUAGAUCUCAUUCAAAAUCAGUAUUUAAAUACCUAAAAGUUUAAUAGUAUAUUUAAACCAAUUCAUUAUUUUAAUUUUUUGUAAUAUUUAAUAUUAUUAAAAAUUUUUUAUAAUUACUACUUAAUUUGGUUUUACAAAAAUUAAAUAUAUAGCAAAAUGCCAUUCAAAAAUUUCGUCGUUUGGAAACGACUAUAUAAGUGAAUGGCAUUUAAUUACAUACAUUCAUUUUUAAUUAAUUAAUUGUUUAGCUUAGCUAAGUAGAAAUAAAAAAAUUCAAAAAAGUAAUUAAAUCUAAUUGAAUAAAAAUAUAUAAGACAGAAAAAAAGAGACAACUGCCCCACGGGGCAUACAUUAAAUUUUUUAGAUUGAGUCUGGGACGUCAAGACCACAUUUUUCUUAUUAUAUCUUAAUAAACGUAUUAUGCUCGAUUAUAUGUAUUAAAUGA